AGCUGUGGAAAUUAUGCCUACAUGGAUCCGUAUCGGUUUAUGUAGGACUUUGAAAUGCAAAGCCCCUCAUCUCUGGGCUAGGAACAAAGAAGACAAACUGCAGCGCUGAGUCACGUCGGAAAAAAAAGUGCUGUGAAGUCACGUGCCAUAAACGGGAAGUGAGCCACAACUCUAGCGAGGAUAGCCUCAGCCUUAAUUCAGCUUGCUUUCUGAGUGAAACGGGUUUGCGCCGUUCGAUUUUCAAGGAGGAAUGCACGUGGGCAUCACUUUUAGCCCCCUGUAUUGGGCAAGACAAUCUUGUAGUCCAAGGCAGGGAGGACAUAAAGGCAAGCUAACGCAUUCAGCACAUGGGCGCUUCAAGCCUUGACGAGCAUCCUCGCCCACCGCCCCAACCCCAGCACCUCAAGCCGGGAGCGCAAGAGCGCAUGCGUAGCGGGUCGCCCGCUUUUCCGUGUCACGCGCUUGCGCAUUGGUAGCCGUGCCCGGGCAAGAGCGAUAGUCGCGUUCGGCAAAAGAUGGUUGGCUGGCGCGCCGAUAUAAGGUCUUCUCUAUGAAGCCGGAAGCGCGUCAGCAAGCGCGGAAGAGAGCGCGAGGAGCCGGAGCAGCCGUUCGCUUUCGGCGUCGAGGGAAGAGGACCGGGAUGUCGGUGCCCGCCGCGUGCGCUCUGUCGCGGCAAGGGCAGUCAGAACCGCGGGUCAAGGCGGUGCGCGGGGACAGUCGGGAGAGCGAGGAAGACGAAGAACAGUCGGAGCCGCGGAGGUGGGAUGGAGAAGCGGUAUUAGGGAAAGACCGGUGCGAGCGGGACUCGCUGCAGCAAUUGGCGACCACGAAGGCGGACGGAAAAGAGGAGGAGAAGCUGGAAAGGGAGCACUUCCGGAGAAUUAUCAACGCCUUCCGUUACUAUGGAAUUAAUAUGCAUGAAAGAGUGAAUCGUGCAGAAAGACAAUUUAGAUCCCUUCCAGCUAUGCAACAGAAAUUGUUACCUCAGUUUCUCCCUCACCUUGACAAGAUUCGAAAAUGUGUUGACCACAAUCAAGGGAUCUUGCAGUCAAUUGUGAAUGACUGUACCCGCAUGUUUGAAAAUAAAGAAUAUGGUGGUGAUGGAAAUGGAAAGAUUACACCAGCUUCAACUUUUGACAUGGAUAAAUUAAAAUCCACUCUGAAACAAUUUGUAAGAGAUUGGAGUGAAACUGGGAAACCUGAGAGAGAUUCUUGCUAUCAGCCUAUCAUUAAUGAAAUUGUAAAGAACUUUCCAAAAGACAGAUGGGAUCUCUCCAAAGUUAAUAUCCUGGUACCUGGUGCUGGGCUAGGUAGAUUGGCCUGGGAAAUAGCUAUGCUUGGUUACACUUGCCAAGGAAAUGAAUGGAGCCUCUUUAUGCUUUUUUCUUCUAAUUUUGUUCUCAACAGAUGCUGUGAAACUAAUUCGUGUAAAUUAUAUCCCUGGAUUCAUCAGUUCAGCAAUAACAAACGAUCUGCUGAUCAGAUACAGCCAAUUUAUUUCCCAGAUGUUGACCCUCACAGUCUUCCUCCUGGUGCCAACUUUUCUAUGACAGCAGGCGAUUUUCAAGAAAUCUACUCUGAGAGUAAUAUAUGGGACUGCAUAGCAACCUGUUUCUUCAUAGAUACAGCACAUAAUGUCAUUGAUUACAUUGAUACAAUAUGGAAAAUACUUAAACCGGGAGGAAUAUGGAUCAAUUUAGGUCCUCUUCUUUAUCAUUUUGAAAAUUUAGCAAAUGAAUUAUCUAUUGAAUUGAGCUAUGAGGAUAUAAAAAAUGUUAUAUUACAAUAUGGAUUCCAUAUUGAGGUGGAGAAUGAAUCUGUUUUGACAACAUACACUGUGAAUGAAUUAUCCAUGAUGAAAUACUAUUACGAAUGUGUGAUGUUUGUGGUUAGGAAACCAGAAAGCAGUAUCUGAAACAGACUAUCCAAAAGGAAUGUUGCUGGCAUUUUUCUUAAUAAUGUUAGCAGAACAUGAAGUGGCCUAUAAGGGAUGAUUGGACACAGCCUCUUAUCAGUGGUGCCUUCUUAUUCCUAACAGAAUGUAACUCUCUUUAUUUUCUUACUCUUUCCUUAUGGUAUCCAGACAUGCACUUCUGCGUUACUUAUAUUUGGGUUAUGAAUAUGGAGUUCAAAUAUCUAUGUAUUUUCUCUUUCAGUUUUAUUUAAUUGGUAAUUUCUGAAAGAUUGAUAUUUUAAUACAGCAUUACUGACAUACAUAAUUCUCCAUAAUAUACAGAAAUAUCUUCUACAUUUGUCUGAAAGAAACACUACUGGAUACAAAACUGGAUUCCCCCUCCUCCCCCACAUUGUAUAGAAAACAAAUACAAAUUUCACUUAAAAGUCAGUAUUUUGAUGAUUUUUCCAAAAGAUUUUUUUUUUAAUUUGAUUUGCAAAUUCUGCAAACAGCAUCAUGUGAAUUUGGCUGUUUAUAUCUCAGAGCCUUAGAAAAAAUAAGAACAGUUUGUAAAAACCUCACAUUUGUCCUCAGAAGUAUUUUUCAUACAAAACUGAUUGAUACAUGGAGCUGCAAUCCAUAAUAAUGUCGCUUUUGCCCAUGCUAUGUUAAGCAUAUGGAUAAAUAAUUUGAAAUACUGAUAUGUGGCAGCAACCACUAUAAAGUUACUACUUGUCUAAAUGAGACUAGUAAAGUUUGUAAAGUAAUUUGUCACAAAUCCCAAAAUGAAUGUUCUUAAGUAUUCCUAAAAAAUAUUUAGAAUUGAUCCAUAAUUUUAAGACAUUAUUUUUUGAUGGAAUGGAUUCAUAUGUAGCAAAACCAAAUUCUGUCUACAAUUCUUUUAAGACAGUGUUACUGGCAAUUGUGCUGAACUGCCCCACAUUGUGAUAUACUGUAUGUAUGAACAAACCGGAUAAUUAUGUUUUGAUAAAUGUACUAUCAGUCCUAGGUCUCAUGAUGUAACCUGUAGUCUGUUAUAAUUUUGCACUAAUCACCCACAUCCUUACUCUUUACUAGGCAUAACAUAAGCUUCUAGCUCUGUUUGGAUUUAUGCAUCCUUCAUUGCCAUGAAUUCUAGCUAUUUAAGUAUGCAAGUAUGCAAGGUUUCUUUAAAAUUAAUCCUAGGUAAAUCUGCUAUGGAAAUGAAUAUGCCAUUUCAAAGAUGUCAGGCACUCUUUUGUACACUGAAUCUAUCGACUUAGCUGGCAAAUACAAUCCAAAAUGCUUCCAGUGAGUGGAGCUAAGAAGAUAUAAUCUAGGGUACAUGAAUGGCUUUGGGAUGCCAAAUAAUACAAGAGAGUCAAAAUUUAUGGUGUUUCAUAUGCUAGUAAGGCCUAGUUAACUAUUAUGUGUCCUUUUUCAAGUUUAAAGAAAAUAAUUCUUGUUUCCUACUGUGCUUUAACUAAAAAUGGAAAGUAUUGCUCUGUGAGCAAAGUUGUUAGCUAUUUAAACUCAGAAUUCAAAUUUGCUUGUUAAGUUGCUUGGGUCUGUACAAACUGCAGAAUAUGAAGCCUUUGAACUUUUUUUUCCUUGACCUUUUAAGGAAAAUUGAAUUCCUCUAUUAGAGCAAGCUGAACUUAUUCUGUUAUAUCCCAGUAACAUCUGUAGAUACACAUUCAAAGCAGGUUGCUUUCAGUGCAAACUUACCUGGAAGUAAGUUCCAUUGACGUAAGUGGGACUCACUUCUCAGUGGGUAUCGGAUUUUUCUGUUAAUAUUUGCCUCCUCUCUUUGCUAAGUGUAGGAACAACACCUGUGGCUGCUUUUCAGUCCUAGAAAAUGCUCUUUCACAACAAAUUACUAUUGUCUGGAACUACUUUGAAACUGUUGUAUUUUAUGCAUCAGUGGUCAAAUAAUUUUACUGUACUUCAAGUUCUUAAAUUCAUCAGAUUUAUUUUUUACAUUUUUUGUUAAAAUUGCAAGCGUUAACCCUUUAGCUCUUUAAAUGAACAUGUUUUGUCUUUCCAAUUUUUUUUCCACUCCCCAUUCAAACUCCAGUUUUCAUGUGAAGUAUUUGUGUGUAUAUUUUGAAAUUCAGCAAUAACUAAUUUUUGAGGAAUAUUAAGAUUUUUUUCUUCUACAUAUACAAUACUUUCAGAAUAUGAACAUGGUAAUAAUUUCUGAAAAUUAGGAUUCACUCUCCAACACUGAUUUGUAGACUUCAUAUUCUAUAUCUUACAAUAGAACUAAUCAUGGAUUAAUCUUUGUUACUUCUUAUAUGUAUGUUUGCAUAUUCCUUGUAUAUUUGCAUACAACAGAAAAUUAUCUAUUUUGGUCAAAGGAGGCUGGCAGUAGUGAUCGUUUUAUGGUCAUGUGAUAUAUAACAUUUAAAGGUACAUAUACAGCCCCAUUAAAUGAAAGUAAAUUAAAAAAUGUAAAGUAUUCUGUAUUUCAAAUAACGACUUUGCAACCAUCUGUCUAUAUAUUAUUGCCACAUUACUUCCAACUAAUGUAGCAAGUAAAGUUUAUUUUUCUUCUAUUGGUCUGUGCUCCAGCUAUGACCACUAUUUUUCUGUUUUUUCUGUACUACUGACCUGGCUUUCCAUUGUGUAAAUUAUCUCUGAAUACCUUUUAUCAUCUUUUUAUUAGCUGAAAAUGACAUACAGUGGUGCUUAAAGGUUUGUGAACCCUUUU